GUCCAUCAUCGCUGCGUCCUUGAUUCCGUUGGGAUCCCACUGAGUCGCUUCUCUUCCACUCGUGAAGCGAUGGAGGCGAUCUAUGAUAGUCUUCUAGCGUCAGGUCAUGAGGGGAUGGGCGAGAAGAAAAUUCUCCACCGGGAUAUCAGCAUUAACAAUAUCAUGAUUAGCGCCUAUCCCGACAUGGAAAAUUGCAAAGGUUUUCUCAUUGAUAUGGAAUAUGCCACGGUGGUCGGUGAACCCGGAAGU